GGAAAUUGGAACUAAAUCGAUAACCGGCCGGUCGAACUUCAAAAUACGAGUUUUCCAUGGACGGGUCCGUGGUGCCGCUGUCGUGUGAGCACAAUGGAGGACACAGUGGAGACACAAUGCACUGUGAGGAGCAGCUUAGGACCACAUUGCACUGUGAUGACAAGGAAAAGCUUCGUAGGAAGUUGGCCCUGUUACAGAGGGAGUACCUCAGGACAGCCGAGAGGCUACAGCGCGCUGAGCGUUUGGACGCAGUGAGGAGCGGGAGCGGUCGGCGGGACCGGGACCGGAGAGACCCAGAGGUGACAUCCAACCCCUGUCUCGGGCCGUCGCCACUGAUACCGAACACCACCGGCGGGACAGCCCCAAGCGCCCCUCGGUGCCAGGGACACACCUCUCCAGCUGGUUCGGAUGCCUCCAGGAGGAGCCAGGUGAUCCGGUUCCUGCUCCCCUCUGAUGCUGCUAGCCCACAGACCCUAGACCCCAGGCAUGACCCGGCUAACGGUCACAGACCCAGUCCUGCCUUGCGCCUCAGGUCACGACGCAGUCGCCUGCGCUGGGAAAGCAGGAGCGCUGAGGCUGGCAGGAGCGCGGACGACAACAGCGAGGAAAGACAGGAGCAGAGUGAAAGGAUGGAGACCGUUGGAGUCAAAACGGAGGGAACGAAGGUUGUGAAUGAGAGCGAAGUGCUGUUUCCUUGUGACGACUCUGAGUCUCCAUCCCUGCUGCUUUCACACUGGAACACUUGUGGACAAAUUGAAACGGGAGAUAACAAGGGGAACGAGAAAGAGGGACAACAAGCACUAAGGGGAAAGGACGGCGAGCUCGCAUGUUGGAACGCUGCGAUACGCGCCGAAGAAAGGGAACAAGAUGGCGCCAAAAAUGGAACAAGGACAGAGGGAGGAGAGGAAUGUGGGAAUAGCGGAGAUGAUGGAAGGUUAUUUGAAGACAGCAGUAAUAAAGAUACAGGAAAAAAUGCGGGAGAGCAAAUAGAAAGGGAAAAAAGUCACGAUAAUACAGCUGAAAUAAAAGAAGAGAACAGUGAGCUGGUUGGAGGAGCGCGUGAUGUAAAGGGAGUCAGUCUCCUGGACUCCUGCACCUCAGUAGAAGGACUACUUUACCCAGCAGAGUACUACGUCCGGACCACCAGGCGGAUGACAUUGUCCCAGAGCCAGCCUGACAUGCAGGCCGUCACUCUCUCCCAGCUGAGCAUGGGACGACGCCGCAGGAGCCGGGGCAGAGGGUUGAACGGGCGCACACACGGCCACGAACGUCCAGACGAACACACUCCGACGGGAUUGUCCUCGCCAACGUCUGCAUCCGCGGGCCCCAGUAUGGAGCCAAGUAGUCGGAGCUCCAGUGAGAUCUCGAGUCAAAUCGACAUGGAAGGUUGUUUUCCGCCCGCGGUCGCCGCUGCUCGUCCGGCAAGAGGAAGGAGGAAGAGAAGCGGUCGGGGCAGAGGGAGACCUCAGACCCCACGAUGCCCUCUUACCUUAAACACACGUCAACAAGUAGGAGAUCCCCAGCCCGCCGGCUCCCUAGUCUCCUCCUCCCCGUCUCUCCGUGGAGCUGAUGGACCACCAAAGCCCUGCAUCACUCCGGGGGAAGCCGUUCCAGUGCAGGACGACCCCCAGCCUGCGUCCACAGCCACACAGCCUUCCUCUGGAGGUGAUGCCACUCAACCGAGCUCUGCCUCUGGACAGCUUAAGAAGGUCUUUCCCAUCUUUCUGACGAGGACGGACGGAUGCCGACUGACGAGAAGCACGGCGAGCUGGCGAUCUCUCCUCUUGCCCUCCUCGCCACCCGGCACGGCGCCUCUGCUUCCUCUCCCGUCUCUGUUCCCCGGCCCGCUGCUCAGCAACCUGGUGAACUUCGACAUCCUGCAAGACUUCCAUCUCCCCGACGACCAGUUCGCCUCCCUGAAGCUGCACAAGCUCCGCCAAGUCGCUCUGGAUUCGAGAGUUGAACAUUUGUCCUACAACACGCGCGGGUGCAACCGGCGCUCCGACACUCGCCGCAGCGGCUCAGUGAUGCCGCUUCCACUCCCGCUCACCCUCACGCCCACCAUCUCAAAUUCGCCCAGUCCCACUGAAGCGAAGCGAGCUGCUGCUGCUGCUGCUGCUGCUGCUGCUGCUGCGCGGUCCGCAGACCUUCAAAACGUGUCACUGGAAUACAAGCUUAUGGAUGAAUUGGCUGAGGAGACACCUCAACGAGAUAUUACGGAUAUUACGCAGAUUGAAAACCUUUACCCAGCGUGCCAGACGUGCACCCCCUCGACAGAAUCGGCGUCAGUGGUCCAAGAUUGUGCCGCCGAUUGCGUCGAUCAAUAUGAAGAACAAGAUACUGCGAGUGUGGACCACCCCGUCAAACCGCCGCUUCACUUGGACUCUGCAAACACACCUGCUGGCAAAGAGAAUGAUGAUGUCACCGGACCCUCAGAUGAGUUUUCUGUAAUUUCAUCAGAAGAACGAACAGAUUGCCCUGGUUCAGGCCCCGCUUUGGAAGAUCAGAGGUCUAGGAACCACAGAACAGAGGACAAAUGUAUCAUCAGGACUCUUUCCUUUGAUUGCCUUGUACAGAAACUCCCCGAGGAGCCUUCGAACAGCUGCGCCGCUGCACAGUUACAUAACGACAGCGGCGCUCCAGGGGAAUCUCCUGUGCAGCGUCUGCGUGUGAAAUCUCCCGCUGAAGACUCAAAGGAAAACUUUGAACCCGCCGCAAGUCCUCCCGCGGACGGAUCGGGGGCAAAUCGAACACGCGUGCGAGUCCCGUCUCAGCUCCUGCUGAGUCCUCCUCUGGUAUCGGCACCCUGCCCCUUGAUGACCCCACACCUGCACUCCUCUGCUCUCCUCUCCAGCCCCACGAUGCCAUCACUAGGACUCAGCCCCCACCCCCUCCGUGCCACCCUCCCUCCGCCCUCCUCUCCCGCCGCCCCAGCUCUCACUCCCGCUCAUGGCCCGGCCACCGAGGCCCUCUCCCCUCCCGAGCUCGCUCCCUGUCCGUCAAUCCCCCCGAGCCGGCCGACCCCCUUCCCCACCGCUCAGAUAAAAGCUUUGUCUGAGCCGUCGUCUCAGCUGCCGUCGUCUCAGCCGCCGUCUUCAGGCGAUCAGUCCCACGGGGUUGAACCUCCGAACUGCCCAACGCUUUCCAGCGUCCAGUCCCAGGGAUCGGGUGGGCGGGUGGAGACAGCGGAGGAACACAUGAUGAGAUGCACACACACGCUGAAGGCCCCGGCAGGAGGCUGUCUGGUGGAUGCGUGCUGUCUGCGCGGAUCCUCGGGUGCUUUGUGUGUGGCAGCAGCCGGCUCGUGGGCCGUGUGUCUCUGGACUUGGACCUCAGCUGCUGAUUGGACACUAACACACACCUGGGCCUUCGAUAAGCCAGUGAUCAAUGUGUUCCCUGUCCCGAAUGCUGCCGGGCUGGUGUGUGUGACUCUGGGUCAGUUGGAAAUCAGAGAAGUGAGGAUGCUGUCGUGUUACAGCCUCUCACAGGCGCUGCUCUGUGAGGGCGUAGUUCAGGCCGUCGUGGGCGUGUCCCGGUCCAGAGUGGUCACAUCUUCCCACUCGGCAUCUGGUUCCACCUUGCGGGUGUUUACGCCGUCAGACUGUGGCAGCACAUCGACGAGCUCUCAGCCUCUCGCGUCUCCCGGCGUUUGUGUCGGGGCUCUCGCUCCAGUAGACGCACUUUUAGAUGCUCUGAUCGGCUCAAACGAGGCCGGGCGCCUCUUCGUCUGGAAUUUAAAGACCGGACAGCUGCUGCGGAGAAUCCUCCUCGGAGACGGUUUAUCCCACACGGCCUGUCUCAGAGGAUUCUCCUCCUGUGGAGCGCUGUUCGUCCUGCUGCAGCACCAGUCGCUCAGCUCCCCGGAGGGCGGAGCAACGGAGGAGGCCGAGGAGGGGAAGAAGGCCGCCCUGUUCUCGCUGGUCGCCGUCAACCCCGUGAGUGGAAAAUGCGCCCUGGCUUCUCGACUGUUUCCGCCCGAAGCGUGGUCUGGCAGGCUGUGCGAGGCCGACGUUGGCGGCUCCAGCGUGGUGGGCCUGAGUCAGAGCGGCUGCGUGUGCGUGUGGGAGCUCGGGCGCCGGGGCGCCUCGAGGACGGUGGCGCCCGGCGGCGACGGCUGGCAGCUCGCUCGAUGGGGGGAAGGAGGUACGCUGGUGACUGGUCAUCACAGCGGAGACGUGACUUUACACUGUCCGGGUCAGACUUCACUCUGCGACUGCACUACGUAAAGACUCCCUUUUUAUAAAAAAUUUAAAAAAGCAUCUUUCUGUCGCUGUAUGAAUGUUUACGUAAAGAUUUUAAAGUUUUAAAAUACUUCGGUCAUACACGUGGUUCUGUGGCUUCCCUUCCCCCAGCUUGUCGAACAGGAGUGUAACCUCUAGACAACCGUACUACUAAAAUAAAUACAUGUAUUUACUGUAAACUGAGCAGAUUCAACAAGUCACUUGUAAAAUAACGUAAUCUGUUUUUCUUCCGGCCUGUAAAAAUGUCCACACUGUUUUUAGAUAUUACUUGAAUAGAUUGUUAUACGUCUUUAUAUUUCAGGAAAAAGAAAGUUUGUUUUUAUAAUUUGCAUUAAACAUUUGUGUAUUCUG